AUGGCGACCAGCGAUGGGAAUGUCAGCUGCGAGUAUUAUCAUCAGGGCGGCUCGACUCCCGCUUUCCUGUACUACCAUUUGGAGCCAAAUGGCUCGAGAACUGAAGUCCAGCCGAUGACGGCCCCCAAUGGGCUUUGCUAUUUUCCAGAGGCCAGCUGCGGCAACGAAGAUUUCUGGUGCUGCGCUGUCUCAGAGCCUGUGGCGCACGCAGCCGACAGGGGCAUGCAGCUGAACACCCUCUAUUGCAUCAUAGCGAUCAUUCUCACCUGGUACCUCCCCAGGUUGUGCCGAAGCUUGUACCAUCGCCUCCGACAGCUCAUCUUUGGCAAGGAUCCGGAUCUCGACGAGGCAAGUGAGGAAGAGCCCACUGAGCCAACGGAGCCCACGGAGCAGCCGGAGCCCUCGAGCUGCGUUGUACGCGUGCUGCGCAUAGUGGGCGCUUUGGCUCUCACAGCCGUGGUCGCCACAGAGGUUUACAUGUUGAUCAUGGUGGCAAACGUCACACAGCUUGGCCUGUCAGUGCCAGAAAGGAACUCAAUGCUGGCAGCAGAUGCUUUCCUGGUGCCGCUCGUUGAGAUCUUCCAGUUCUUGGAGGAUGUCGUCGCAGUCAAAAUCAGCGCCGCCAUGGCUGUUGGUGAAAUCCAUCUUGUUCGGCCUAUCUUAGUAAUGGGCGUGGUGGGCGGGUUGAUCUGUGGGACUGCAGCGGCGUCCAUCGCCACAUUGAUAUGUACCUGGUCGGAGGGCCUUCAAUGGAUCUUGGCCCCGUACUCCGUGCAUGACUCCUACGUGCAGUGCCCCUUGGUGCCACAGGGCUCAGCAGCGGCAGACCUGGCUCGGACGUACUUGCUGCUACAAGUGUGGACUUGGCCCGUGGCCUUUGCCACCCGCGCCAUCAGAGGCUUUCUGUUUGGUAGUGGGGACAUCGUGGUUGGUAUGGUGGUCCUUGGAAUGGCCAAUGGCUUGGUGACCAUCGGAGGGAUCUACAUGUUCUUUGUCCCGCGCCCUUCAUUGGAGAGGCUAGGCUGGAUCAAUUUUGCCAGCUCAUUUGCAUCAUUUGCGAUCCUUCUGGUUAUGUUUGUAGUACGCCGCGACCUGCGCAAACGCUACAACCUCGUCCUUCGCGUCCAGCCGUCAGAUGCUGAGGCUGCGGCAAGCAGGCUUCCCGAGUUCUCCGUGCGCUCUUUGUGGAAGGACGCGUCGCGCGAAGGUUUCCUGGCGAUGGUCUUGGACGUGGCAGCCCAGAUGUCGGCAACCAUCGGGAUCUACACGGCUGGUGUGACACUGGGCCUUGGCGCGAUGUACCAAAUCAGCUCACUACAGGCCGCUUUCCCUCAGUAUGGGUUGGCAUGGAUUUGGGGGCUGACCUACGUACUGCGGCUCCACGGUACGCAGCUGGUAUCUCAGGGAGAAUAUGAGCUGUUCCGGGGCCUAUUUCGAACGGCCGUAAUGUAUUCUUUCUUGCUCAUCCUGGCUGUCGCAGCAUCGGUGAUCCCCUACGGGGAGGCUUUGUCUUUCCACCAGGCGGAACAAGCCUGCGAGUACGCCUCGAAUCUUGCUUGCCUGCCUCACUACGAGCAUAUUUUCGGCGGUGGAGGUUCGGGAGGCGACUCGCUUCAGCAGAGCUUCAUGCGGUUCUUUGUGCCAGUGCUGAUCGCCCGAUGUUUUUACCAGGUGUUUAAGGCCGGAAUGUAUGUGUGCUUGGACUGGACCUUCAUGGCCCGAGUGGGCUGCACAUGUUUUGUGGUCGUCUUCGUGCCGGCGAUCCUGAUUGCAGUUUGGGGCCUCGGUACUCCCUCCUCCAUUCUCGUUGCGAUGUAUCUGCCCUGGCUUGCCAUGGCCGGGACGUUCAUGUUGCGGACACGGCACAACAUCAAAAAGAUGCUGAAGGGACUUUCGGGGCCAUGGGACAAGGGCCCUGGGGCCUCCAGUGAGUCCGAAAGUGAGGACUUCGAGGCGAACGCCAUAGAUGCCGAGGUAACCACACCCGCGCCGCCGGGCUCCUAUGACUUCGACCUCUUCGUCUUGGGAGGAGGGAGCGGCGGCUGCGCCGCCGCGCUGGAAGCUUCGAGGGACAAGACGAAGAAGAUCGCUGUUGCUGAUUUUGUCAAGCCUUCGCCACAGGGAACCACAUGGGGCGUCGGCGGCACCUGCGUAAAUGUGGGCUGCAUCCCCAAGAAGCUCAUGCACAUUGCAGCAACGAAGAAAGAGGACAUCCAUGACCUGGCGAGCUACGGCUUCAAGCAGAAGUCGGAUGGAGGUGAGGUCGAUGUGACCCACGACUGGCAAGUGAUGUGCCAGGGCAUCCAAGGCUACAUCAAGGAGUCGCUCAAUAUGGGAAUGCUCGACGGCUUCCUAGCGAACGGCAUCACAUACUACAACAAGUACGCCACCCUCAAGGACCGCCACACCAUUCAACUGGACGAUGGCCAGGGUGGAGUUGAAACCGUGACUGCCAACUAUAUCAUGCUGGCGGCCGGCGGGCGCCCCAACAACGGAGGAUACCCAGGCUAUUGCAACUACUUGCUAAAGUGGCGGCACUACAAGGACAUCGCGGGCCACCCCGAUGCUGAAGGGGGCGAGGGUGACGGCGAAGGUGAAAUGGAUUUCCCCGUUCCGGGUGAGCGUGAAGCCCAACACGUGUCCGCGUGGGUGCAGGAGUUUUCCAACAUAAUCGAGCUACAGCUGGGCCUGCUCCACCGCAUUGCGGCAAGCGGCCUGUGUGGCGAUGAGGUGUCGUCCUGCAACCUGGGCACCGAAAUUCCAGGUGCUUUACUACGUGCCCAGCCGCAGCAGGUGCCGAGAAAGAGUGAGCCGGGUAAGGCUGACUUACCAGACUUGCUGCCCACCAGCAACCUCUCCUUUUCGCACAAGGGAAGCAUGGGAAGCCAACCCAGUAUGGCAGCCAUCAGUGAGGAGAAGGUUACCAUGGAACGCCUUGAAUCUGAUGUCUUCGGUAGUUCAGCAUCAGAGCAGCUCCGUACCCUGCGCAGAUCACUGGAUGAAUCUUUUAAGAAGGAGCAGGUGCAGAUAUUCGUGGAGGGUUUGUUGAACCCAGACUGGAUCGGCAAGCUUACUUGGGACUUUCUUGUUAUGUUCCUGGUGCUGAUGGAUGCCAUGAUCUUGCCUUUCCAGCUUACCUUCAAAGAAAACGCAACGGGAUCGGAUGAAUUCGACGUAGCAUGGCUAUGGAUUACUACGGUGGUUUUUGCCUCAGACAUCAUCGCGACGUUCAACACCGCAUGCAUUGCACCACAACUGCCACCUGGCACCUUUGAAACAAGCAGAUGCCAAAUCGCGAAGCAGUAUCUUCGGGGCUGGUUCACCAUAGACUUCGGAAGCACGAUCCCCUGGGCACAGAUUUCAGAGGCGAUUUUUGCAAAUGCGUCUUCUUCCUCCCUGACACGGCUUACCAGAGUGGUGAAGUUGAUCCGGCUGUUGCGGUUGAUGCGGAUGCUUCGCUUGGCCAAAUUGGCCGUGAUCUGGGACAAGAUAGAGGCCAAAAUCGGCUCGAUAUUCCUGAUCCAGUGCAUUUCGCUCCUCAGAGUGUUAGGAGUUGUGGUGGCCAUGUGCCAUUGGAGUGCCUGCUUGUUUUGGCUUGUGGGGUUGCCGACCAACCUUUUCACCGAGCUGAUGUCCGAUGAAGCACAAGCACAGUUCCUGUAUCUCCUGGGGCCUCACUGGACAACCGUGUGGAGAAGACAUGAUGUGGAUUCCAUGCCGUGGCGUUGGCUGGAUCGGAGCAUGUCAGAGACUUACAUCUUUUGCUUCUACUGGACGCUGGGUGUGAUGCGGACGAUGCCAGCAGAGGUUACGCCGGUAAACCUGCCGGAGAGGGUGUUCGUGUUGAUAUUCAUGUUCUUUGCCUUGUCAGCUUUCGCCAUCUGCAUCUCGAUGAUCACACAGGCCUUCUUCAAGAUCUCCGAGCGCCGAAGGGCCUUCCAUGAGGAAUUCGCAGCUGUCCGCCUCCACCUGCGAAGUUCGAAGGUGAAUGAGCAGGUCCAGGAAAGGGUGAAAACCUACCUGAAGUACCUGUUCAACAGGCGUCGCAUCCAGGCCAAGGAGGCCAACUUGAUGAACCAGCUCCCCCAGGACAUCAAGAUGCAAGUUGUUCAGUGCCAGGUGCUGCAGCAAGUUGACAAGUUGCCUGCCGUGAACAACCUCCGACGUUCCAUCCGCCUCAAGGUUUGCGAAAUUGCGCACACCUGUGACAUCAUGGCUUGGGAGACGGUCGUUCAGGAAGGGCAGCCUGCAGAGGCAGCCUGGGUCCUCGUGGCCGGUCGGGUGCAGCGAGCGGUACUUGAUGUACUUGAUGAGGCUUCGCCCGCGACCCAGGCGUACAUGUACCCCAAAGUGGUUGAUGCCGAGACACUGGACAGCGAAGAGGUCGCGGUGUCUCACUCAACAGUCAUGGCCCUCGAGACGACGGAGAUGAUCAAGAUCGACAAAGUCCGGUUCUUUGAAAUUUUGAAGGAGCACUCGUCAGACCCAUCCCAGAAGCUUGGAGGACAACAUGGACAGAAGAGGCAGCUAUCUCGUGCCAGCGUAUGCAUGACGCUCAGCGAGGUGGAUCACGAUCGAAACGAUCAGCGGGUUGCCGCCGCUGCUGUGAUUUCCGCAGCUUAG